AUGCACCAGCCCCGCCUAGCAGACCUCUUCGAAGAAUUUACACGCCCCCACGCCUCCCCAGCCUCCCUAGCCGCGGCCGCAUCCUCACACAAUCUCAAUUCAACUACGUCCACCGCGCAAGCCGCCGCCGUCGCUGCCGCCGCCGCCGCAGCGGCAGCAGCAAACAGCGCAACCUACGGCUCGUCCUCACCCGCAACAAUCCCCUCCUUCCUACCAGUUGAAGAAAUCUAUGUCCCGCCGCAAUACCAGCCACCUAACCCAGAAGAUGAGGAUGAUGUCGUGCCUGAUCAGCAUGCUGCGUUUGGAAUCACGCGCGCGAUGGAACGGAGGAGGGAGGCUGUCUGGAGGGAUUUGGGCCUUGAGGCUCUUGUGAGGGGGCAGGGGCAUGGUGGCGGGGCGGCUAUUGGUGGUCCUGGUGGUGGGAAUAAUAAUACUACUACUGGUGCUGGGUCAGGGCCUGGGGCUACGCUGCGUGGGAGUGGUGGUGGUGCGGCGUCGGCUGCUGCACCUGCUGUGAGAGUGAGGAGUGCUGGGAGGAGGAUGGGUGGCCGGAGGACUAUUUGUCUUCGAUGA